AUGCCGUUCGACAGGCCAAGGAGCGGCGCGCUCCCCAUUGCCAAGAGGCAAUGCCUGGAGGAGACGAGGACGAAAUCGAGAAGCCAAUGCCUGGCUGAUGUGGAGCAGGCGGUGGACCAGCUGGAUGUCUCGGACACUGGCCGUGAAAUGCUUCGUCUCCUCAUCAAGGGUAGCUACGGCUGCCCUGUCGAGGAGAGACAUCGAUACCAAGAUGCAGCAGCACGGCUUGUUCGGGAGGCCUUUCAGGACGGGGAGGAGGGCCUUCAAGCUCGCCGCAAGGGGGUUGCUGACAAGGCGGACAAGUGCAAGAGCGAUCUGGAGGAGAGGGCUGCAAAGCUGAGAAGUUCCAGGGAGGACUUCACUGCAGCGAUCUCCGUCUUCCGCAAAGCAAAGGAAGCCUUCCUAGCAGACAACCGAAUCCUGCAGCAACGGCGCGUGGCUUUGGACCAGUCCACGCAGGACCUGCAGCGAUGCCAGGCCAAGCUCAAGGAGGCGAUUGGUUGCAGGGACCAACUUCAGCAGGCCCUCGCAACGCUGCCAGCCAUAUUGCAGGGCACCGUGCAGGACGAGUCAGUCAGUGCCUUGUUGGGCCAAGUCUCCUUGGAAGACUCUUUGAAGUCGGCGGCCCUGUCGUCCCUGAAGCUUCCGGCGGAGGAUCGUGGGGCCUUUGACAAGGCAGUCCUUGAACAGCUACGCGGAGCCCUUGCCGGGCUGCUCGAGGUCGGCUCUUUCCUGCACUCCUAG